CUCCCGCUGGCCGGUGCCUCCCUCCCGCCUCCUGCCGGCUCGGCUGGCCCUGGACGCUGCCGCCGCCGCCGCCGCCGCCGCCUCGCCGCUUCUCCGAGUCGUCACCGCCGCCCUCGGACUAAGAGGUUUGAAAAUGGAACACUUUGAUGCUUCACUUAGUACCUACUUCAAGGCAUGGCUAGGCACCCGAGAUCCCAGGGUAAAAGGAUGGUUUCUCCUGGACAAUUACAUCCCGACUUUCGUCUGCUCCAUCCUGUACUUGCUGAUUGUAUGGCUGGGACCAAAAUACAUGAAGACGAGGCAGCCAUUCUCUUGCCGGGGGAUUCUGGUGGUGUACAACCUUGGACUCACACUGCUGUCUCUUUAUAUGUUCUGUGAGUUAGUGAUGGGAGUAUGGGAAGGCAAAUAUAACUUCUUCUGUCAGGGCACACACAGCGCAGGAGAAGCAGAUAUGAAGAUCAUCCGCGUGCUCUGGUGGUACUACUUCUCCAAGCUCAUCGAGUUCAUGGACACCUUCUUCUUCAUCCUGCGCAAGAACAACCACCAGAUCACCGUCCUGCACGUCUACCACCACGCCAGCAUGUUCAACAUCUGGUGGUUCGUGAUGAACUGGGUGCCCUGUGGCCACUCUUAUUUUGGUGCCACCCUUAACAGCUUCAUCCACGUCCUCAUGUACUCGUACUACGGCCUGUCGUCCAUCCCGUCCAUGCGGCCGUACCUCUGGUGGAAGAAGUACAUCACUCAGGGGCAGCUGCUUCAGUUUGUGCUGACCAUCAUCCAGACCACCUGCGGGGUCAUCUGGCCGUGUGCCUUCCCUCUUGGGUGGCUGUAUUUCCAGAUUGGAUACAUGAUUUCUCUGAUCGCCCUCUUCACAAACUUCUACAUUCAGACCUACAACAAGAAGGGGGCCUCGCGGAGGAGAGAGCAGCAGAAGGACCACCAGAAUGGCUCCGUGGCUGCCGUGAACGGCCACGCCGGCAGGUUUUCUUCCCUGGAAAACAUGUGAAGCCGAGGAGGCAGCGGAAGGACUGAGGUCCGAGCGCGGAACCCGGUCGGAACCACGUGGUCAGAUCGUAAGCACAGUGCAACUUGUGCCCGUCGCUCGUUCACAGCUGCUGUCACUAGCCGGCCUCCAUAGCGUGACUCGCGUAGGACCUCUUCCAUCAGCUCCAAACCCCUAGGAAACGUAGACAGGUUACCCAAGCAGGCAUAAGAUUUUUAACAUUUCUGGGCUCUCCCCGACCCCUGCGCUAGACUGGAGGGAGUGUUGCCGCGGUACCCGACACUGCUGUUGCCUUAUUAGUUGUAACAUGAUGGGUGCUGAAUUGUGAUUCACAACUGAAGAACACUGUAAUCCAAACCUUUUUUUUUUUUAACCUGUAGAUCAUGCAUGUGAUUGUAAAUUUGUAUAAUGUUGUUACAGCAGAGAAACACACAUGCCUUAAAAUUUAAAAAGCAGGGCCCAAAGUGUAUUAGUUUCAAUUAGGGUAUGUUUCAAGUUUUCAUUCCUUUCUUAAUAGCUCCAGAAAAAUCAAAGAUUGUGAUUUACACAACUAUCGUGUGACACAUAAUGUCAAGUGACUUGUACGUGUGAAGUCGGCACCUUUGGUUUUAUAAUAUUGGCUUUAAGUCAGGCAGGCUCAAAUCUAGUGGAAUAGUCAGUCUAACUUUUUAACAGAUCUUAUUUUUUUAUUUUGAGUGCCACUAUGAAUAAUGUAAAAAGCGGGGUAGGGGGGAGGUUCUAAAGCCGUCUCGAUGGAACGUAAAUGUAUAUUCUUUGUCUUCAAGAUUUUAGGAAGUGUGUGGGUUGAGUAGGCUGUUUUAAAUUUCAGAAGUGCUAAGUGUUUUUAUUCGGGAGACAAAGCCCAUCUUGCUUUCCACUUGUGAGAGAAGAGAGAUACUUUUCAAGAGAGAGGAUUGAAUAUUUACUGUUUGACAGAGUCCCAUAGAUGAGUGCUGGUAAACUGGUUGCCGGGGUCCAAAUUUGAGUUACCUUCUGUACUGCUAAUCUGUUUUGACACAAACUUCCUUUAAAAAUGUGCCUAGCUUACCAAAAUGAAUAAAGGGAGGGGAAGGGACCUUAGAAAAUUUAAGGUAAAAUUAAACAGACAGCUACAGCAUAGGAGAACUGGGGAACUGGAUCAUUUGUUCAGUGUAAAUCUAAUAGCAACUGUAAUUUUUGUUUUCUUCCCUACUUAGAAGCUAAAGAUUCGUUUAGAACUGCUUGUUUAAAAAUAAGACUGCUGAUCAUAAAAUCAUGUCUCAUGCCCUCGAGGCCGUGGUCGGACAGGUAAGAACUGUGGUGUGUGUCAUUUUAAAAGUGUUGGAAUUUAGCCUCCGAACCACCUUCUCCAAGGAGGGGAUUGAAAAACCACUCGUGACACAUUUGAGAAGGUCACUGACAAUGUAGAAGCUAAUUGUUGGUUUGGUAUUUAUGUAAAUAUCAGUUUAUCAUGCUUUAAUUUUGCACAUUCAUAUUACAGGGAACCGGUUGGUUCUCCUAACGUGUCUCGUGGGUUUUGUUUGGAAGGAGUCUGGCCUCUGUUUACAUCUCCCUUAUCCGAUCUAGAAUGUGUGUAUUUGUAAAUGUGUGUCUCCCUAGGUACUAGUUUGCGAACGUCUUUACAUAUUUCAAUACAGAAACUGUAACACUCAGUAGUGUGCGGUCGGAGUGUGCUUCAGCUCAUCGGGGUACACCCACAAUGUUAAUGUCUAAACAGUAAUCAUUAAAACGGUUUUGAUUACCUGUG